AUUACGACAACUGCCGAAAGCUGAAAAGAUAAACAUGGACACGAUGGAGGUGGUUGAGCCAAAGUUUACAAAACUUGUAGAUGGCAUGAUGGGGGCUGAAGGCCCUGUAUUUGACAAGGACGAUAAUUUCUACAUGGUUGCACCUGAAGUAGAGAAAAAUGGCAGUUUUGCGGGCCAGGUUCUUCGCAUUGAUCUGAAGAAUAGCAAGUCCUCCAUUUUGUGUGAGCCUGCUGUGGAUGGAGAUGGGGGGAUCCCCGCGGGGUGUCAGUGUGAUAAAGACAACGUCUUAUGGAUCGCAGACAUGAGGCUCGGGCUCAUCACUGUGGACAGAAAUGGUACCUUCAAACAGAUUUGUAAAGAGGAUAAGACAGGCCGUACAAUGCAGGGCUGUAAUGACUGCACCUUUGAUUAUGAGGGAAAUCUUUGGAUAACAGCGCCAGCUGGAAAAAUCGCCCCUCACCCAUACGAGAGGUCAAUGGAGGAGCUGUUUGGAUCUGUGUACUGCUUCACCAAUCAGAGGGAGAUGUUGUUGAUUGAUACAGGGCUGAGGUUUCCUAAUGGCAUCGCUGUCUUACAUUCCCCUGACGGCAGACCUCAGACCCUGAUUGUAGCCGAGACCCCCACUAAAUCCCUAUGGGCCUACAACAUCCAGGGUCCAGGGAAAGUGGGGCAGAGGAAACUAUGGGGAAAACUGCCAGGUGACUUGGAGGGAGGACCGGAUGGUAUGGACUUUGAUGAGGAGAACAAUCUCUUAGUGGCUCACUGGGGGUCGGGAUUUCUGGAGGUGUUUGGAAGAGAGGGAGGGAACCCCCACACCCGCAUAAGGUGCCCCUUCUCCAGGACUAGUAACCUCCACUUCAGGAAGGGGACAAAGGAAGUGUACGUCACCGAGCACAAUUCUCACGGGCUGUGGAAGUUUGAGUGGCAGAGGGCCGGCAAGUUGCAGUAUUGUGACAUCAUAUCUCUGUGAGGCAGCUUAUUUUACUGUAUUUAUUGAGUUAUCAUGACUUUAUCAAUGGUGCUAAUUCUUGCCUUAAAACACUGCUAGGUUGUUGAAAAAUUAAAACAACUCUCCGUUUAUUGUAUGAUGCAUUUAUUGU